AUGGAUUCUCUUAACAAUGCAUUCGCCUCCUCGGACCCAAAAGCUGCUGUGAUGAAUCAAGUUCGUCAGGAAGCUGCUAUGACCAAUGCUAGACAAUUGAUCGAGAAAGUAAACGAACACUGCUUCGAGAAAUGCGUACCCAAACCUGGCGCCUCUCUCAGCAGCGGCGAAACCACUUGCUUCACCCAGUGUAUGGAAAAAUACAUGCAAGCAUGGAACACUGUGAGCAAACAAUAUAUUGCGAGAUUGCAACGAGAGUCGACUAGUGGAGGGGCGACGGGGGGUAUGUUCUAG